AUGAGCCUCAAUACCGGACUACGCCUUGCGCGAGUCCAACCCACACUCUUGAGUCAUGGAUUCACCACCGCGCCAGCUGCAAUACUCCCCCUUCUCUUCCUCGGCGCAUCCAGCCAGUACACUCCUGGGUUGCGCAUGAGGAGGUCGUCGCGCUUCGCCAGCUCAAGUACCGGGAAGGGCCUACCUAGAACCACCUCGCGCGCUGCCUCGACAUCAACAGUGACACAGACCAAACCCGAGGAGCCGCCGCAACCCCAUACAGCUUCCGGAAGCACCACCACGACGCGCGCCGACCUGAACACCCUCGGGCAGCCCGCACCCUCACACGAGCCCUCGUCGCCCAUACCAGCCGCCACACUACUCAACCCACCCGCGAGCACGCGCCCACCGCCCCUGGACCUCCCGACGCGCGAUCCAUCCGCCUCCCUCUUCCGACACCUCUUCUCCCUCGGAAAGGCGUACACGAACUUCUACAAGACCGGGCUCAAAGCCGUCUUCACGAACCGCACCCUCCUGCGCACGACCCCCAGCGCCGCCACCCCACCCCAUUUGGGCAACAGCGCCGACACAUACCCCUCGCGCGCCGCAAUCCUCCUUCGCGCGCGUGUGCGACACGACCUGGCCCGUCUGCCCGUCUUCGGCGUCGUGGUGCUCGUGUGCGGCGAGUUCACACCACUCAUCGUGCUGCUCUUCCCCAAGUUGACGCCGUACACGUGCCGCAUCCCGAAGCAGCUCGACGUGAUCCGGAAGGGCGCCGAGGACCGGCGCGGCGCGAGCUACCGCGCGCUGGCGCACGUAAGUCGCGAGGACGGCCUGCACCGCACGGCCGACGGACAUAUAUGUCGCGUGCUGGGCCUGACGAGCCGGUGGUGGGAUCGCGCGGGCUUGGACGGGCCGAUGUCUAGCGUCAAGGCGGCGAAAGCCGUCGAGUGGAUCGUGAAUGACGACAGGAUGAUCCGCGAGGGCGGCGGCGUGGAGAUCGUCGAGAAUGGUGAGGUCGUGCUUGCGUGCGAGGAUCGCGGGAUCGAUGUUCGCGGCAAGGAGAUCGGUGAGUUGAGGCGUAAGUUAGAGAGCUGGAUCAGCAAGACAGCUCCUACUUCUGCGCAGGGCGAUCAGGCAGAUGCGGAGGGGACCAGACAUGAGGCUGAGGACAAGGUCAGGCGCGUGCUGCUUCGGUUAGAGGGGGACGUAUAA